CUGGCGCCAGCUCGGCCGGACGAUGCGGAGCGGCCGGAGCCGGGCGGGCCCGAGGCCGAGGCGCGCGCUGCCCCCUGCUCGCACCCCGUGAGACCCUCCGGCCCUCCGGACGCGCCGUCCCCGACCCCGCGCCGCCCGCGCCGAGGCCGCGCCUCUCCCGCGCCGCUGCGUCUGCGCGCCGCCACCGCCUCCGCGCAGACCCCGCGCCUCCGCCGCCAGCCAUGGAGGUGGCUCCCGAGCAGCCGCGCUGGAUGGCGCACCCCGCCGUGCUGAACGCGCAGCACCCCGACUCGCACCACCCGGGCCUGCCGCACAACUACAUGGAGCCGGCGCAGCUGCUGCCGCCCGACGAGGUGGACGUCUUCUUCAACCACCUCGACUCGCAGGGCAACCCCUACUACGCCAACCCGGCCCACGCGCGCGCGCGCGUCUCCUACAGCCCUGCGCACGCCCGCCUGACCGGAGGCCAGAUGUGCCGGCCGCACUUGCUGCACAGCCCGGGACUGCCCUGGCUGGACGGGGGCAAGGCAGCUCUCUCCGCGGCCGCUGCACACCACCACAACCCCUGGACUGUGAGCCCCUUCUCCAAGACGCCCCUGCACCCCUCGGCCGCCGGAGGCCCCGGGGGGCCCCUGUCCGUGUACCCGGGGGCCGGGGCUGGGGGCGGGGGCGGCAGCGGCUCAGUGGCCUCCUUGACCCCCACCGCAGCCCACUCGGGCACCCACCUCUUCGGCUUCCCGCCCACGCCCCCCAAGGAAGUGUCUCCGGACCCCAGCACCACCGGGGCUGCCUCGCCGGCCUCCUCCUCGGCAGGGGGGAGUGCCGCCCCCAGGGGGGACGACAAGGAUGGCAUCAAGUACCAGGUGCCGCUGGGCGAGAGCAUGAAGAUGGAAGGCGGCAGCCCCCUGCGCCCGAGCCUGGCCGCCAUGGGCACCCAGCCUGCCACUCACCACCCCAUCCCCACCUACCCCUCCUACGUGCCAGCGGCCGCCCACGACUACAGCAGUGGGCUUUUCCACCCCGGAGGCUUCCUGGGUGGCCCGGCCUCCAGCUUCACCCCGAAGCAGCGGAGCAAGGCCCGCUCCUGCUCAGAAGGCCGGGAGUGCGUCAACUGCGGGGCCACAGCCACCCCUCUGUGGCGGCGGGACGGCACCGGGCACUACCUGUGUAACGCCUGCGGCCUCUACCACAAGAUGAACGGGCAGAACCGGCCGCUCAUCAAGCCCAAGCGGAGGCUGUCGGCCGCCAGGAGAGCAGGCACCUGUUGCGCAAAUUGUCAGACGACGACCACCACCUUGUGGCGCCGGAACGCCAACGGGGACCCCGUGUGCAACGCCUGCGGCCUCUACUACAAGCUGCACAAUGUGAACAGGCCGCUGACCAUGAAGAAGGAAGGCAUCCAGACCCGGAACCGGAAGAUGUCCAGCAAGUCCAAGAAGAGCAAGAAGGGGUCUGAGUGCUUUGAGGAGCUGUCCAGGUGUGUGCAGGACAAGGCCUCCCCCUUUAGCGCCGCCGCCCUGGCGGGACACAUGGCGCCUGUGGGCCACCUGCCGCCCUUCAGCCACUCCGGCCACAUGCUGCCCACCCCGACGCCCAUCCACCCCUCCUCCAGCCUCUCCUUCGGCCACCCCCACCCGUCCAGCAUGGUGACCGCCAUGGGCUAGGGACCGCCCCACGGACUGACGGAAGGACGCCAGGGAUGGCGCUCCCACGGCGCGGGGGACCCAGUACCCAGCUGGCCGGCCCGCCCCGAGACCGCGGCCCCUGCCCGCCCAGCUGGACACGCACGGCCUCACCUGUGGGCGCCCUGGCCGCCACUGUGAAGCCGCUCCCGGGCAGGCCUGGCUGCACCCAGGCGGGGUUUCCGCUGAGGACUGUAAGCGUAAAGGACAACUCUGAAGAGACACGAGCGGGCGAGGGACACUCGGGGGCCGCGGAGAAGACAGGGGAGCAGGCGGAGGAAUUUUUUUGGCUCAGGUUUCUCACGAGGAUGGGGAGACUUGGUUCUUGGGGCCGGGUGCCACGUGGCCAGCCUGCCUGCCCGGCUCUGGGGGCAGGUCUCUGGGGGGACCUGGGCCCCCUCUGCAAGCGCCGAACCCAGCUGGGCUGAGCCUCUCCAGGGGGGCUGCGCAGGCCCCGGAGGGCAGAGACAAUCAGGGGCGGCCCUGUGCGGAUUCCCAGGCCAGGGCUGGGUCACAGGAAGGAAGCGCUUUCUUGAGAGGGGAAACGUCUCCCACAUCGCUCUCUGGUCCUGAGGCUGGAGCCAGCCUGGCCUGAGCGCCCUCCAUGGCCCGAGCCUGUGCCACCGCCUCGGCCGGAGACGCCCUGUACAUACGUCUUUUUUCUGCUAGCCCCUGAACCCCCCUCUUCUCCAACACCGACGCAAAAGAGAAACAUAUAAAAAAACAAAAGGAGAAAACCUGCAUAAGCUUAACUCGCUGACGAGUUGUUUUAUUUUUAAACUCUUUGGGUCCAGUCAAUUGUACGUGGCCACAAGAGCCCUUGCUGUGGAACAAAGAAAACCUACAAACCAAGGCUGUGGCUGGAGAGGCUCUCAGAUCGCACCGUCCUCGGACGGGGGCCGGGGGCCGGGGCUGCUCCAGGCUUCGGGGGCUCGCCCGGCAGGUGGGGCUGCCGGGGCCCCGCUGCGCCGUGCUGUGGUUGUCUGGACCCUUCCCAAGGUACAGCUGUGCAUAGCCGUGUCCGGGCGGAGAGUGUGUGCGGCCGCGGCGGCUGGCGGGGGCCGGCCCAGGAAGGGGACUGUGCCGAUGCAGGCCAAGUGCAAUAGGGCAGCACAGCCGGACUAACUUAUUUUGUACUAGUAUCCGCAUAAGAAGAAGAAUCGGCAGUAUUUUCUGGUUUUAUGUUUUAUUUGGCUCGUUUUAUUUUGGAUUAGUGAACUAAGUUAUUGUUAAUUAUGUACAACAUUUAUAUAUUGUCUGUAAAAAUUGUAUGCGCUCUUCCUAUUCCUUCAAAGUGAAUACUGUUAAGAAUAAUAAAAUACUUUUGUGAAUGCC